CUGAUUAAAAGAUGCAUGGAUAUGAAUACGAAUAUCAAAACCUACCCUGAUAUAGGUAAACUUGCAUUUGGAAAGACAGGGAGACUAAUAGUGUCAGUAUCCAUGUACACGGAACUAUAUCUUGUUUCAAUAGGAUUCUUGAUUCUAGAAGGUGAUAACUUGAGUAACAUGUUUCCCAACGCCAAGGUUUCGAUAGCUGCCUUAACAAUUGCAGGGAAACAAUUCUUUGUGAUAUUGGUUGCCCUUAUCAUUCUGCCCACAGUUUGGUUGGAUAACUUGAGUCUACUCUCUUAUGUAUCUGCAAGUGGAGUUUUUGCUUCUCUUCUCAUCAUCCUUUCAAUAACAUGGACUGCAACAUUUGAUGGAGUUGGUUUUCAUCAUAAAGGAACUCUUGUGCAUUGGAAUGGUCUCCCCACAGCUGUUAGCUUGUACGCCUUCUGUUAUUGUGCACAUCCUGUCUUUCCCACAUUGUACAAUUCGAUGGAAAACAAACAUCAGUUCUCUAACGUCCUAAUUGUAUGUUUUGUCCUAACCACUGUGGGUUAUGCAUCGAUGGCUAUAGUGGGUUAUUUAAUGUUUGGUGACGGGGCUGAAUCACAAAUAACAUUGAACCUGCCUCUGGACAAAGUUAGCUCAAAGUUAGCAAUAUACACAACCUUGGUGAAUCCCAUAUCCAAGUUUGCUUUGAUGGCAACACCUAUUACGAAUGCUUUGAAAGACUUGCUUCCGAAAACGUACAAGAAUAGGGUGACGAGCAUCUUACUAAGCACAGUGUUGGUAAUGAGCACCACCGUUGUUGCUCUUGCUGUCCCUUUCUUUGGGUCUCUCAUGUCCCUGGUUGGAGCCUUUCUAAGUGUCACAGCUUCUAUUCUGCUUCCAUGCUUGUGCUACUUGAAGAUUUCGGGCACUUACAAGAAAUUUGGGUAUGAGACGGUAGCCAUAGUGAUAAUAAUAAUUGCAGCUAUUGUAAUGGAAAUUUCUGGGACCUACAUCUCUCUCGUGGAAAUAGUCCAAAAUUUGUGA